ACUGUCCCCAACGAUGUCCGCCCUCCGUCUCCUCUCCCAUGCGUCCAGACGCGCCACUGCCACCCCUGCCACCCGUGCCCUUGGAAGGAGAGGCUACGCCGAGGUGGCUGACAAAAUCAAGCUUUCCCUCGUUCUUCCUCACCAGGCCAUCUUCUCCUCGACAGAUGUCGUCCAGGUCAACAUUGCCGCCGCGACCGGUGACAUGGGUAUCUUAGCCAACCACGUUCCUUCGCUCGAGCCUCUCCGUCCCGGUGUCGUUGAAGUUCUCGACUCUGCCAAUUCAUCGAAGAAGUGGUUCGUUUCUGGUGGUUUCGCUACCGUUCACCCGAACAACAAGCUCACCAUCAACGCUGUCGAGGCCGCCCCUCUCGAGGACUUCUCAUCAGAGGCAAUCCGUGCCAACCUCGCAGAAGCCCAGAAAGUUCUCUCCGGUAACGGUUCAGAGGAGGACAAAGCCGAAGCUCGUAUCGAAGCAGACGUCUACGAGGCUCUGCAGCAUGCUAUCGGCGCAAAAUAGACGGUGGACAUGCCUUGAGUGGAGAUCGCUAGUUUGAUGCGUGGCGUGUCGUGUCGUGUCAUGUAGAGGAGAGGUGGUUU